GCUGUCGGCAUCGGGUGCUACAAAGGGUGGCAUCACCCUAAACAGAAGGACAUUGAGGCACCAGCUCAGCUAGCCCACUGUAGCUUGGCGGUUCAGCCGUUCAGCUACCCUGCUAUUUGUGGGUUCAGCCGCUGAAAGCUUUGGCUUCAGCGCAGCUGAUAUUCGAGUUCCAAGCAAUGCAAGUUCCACUCAUCCCCGAGCUCAGAUGCAUUCCGAUGAAGGUCCCUCUGCCCGUCUGGGUCAGCAACUUCAUUUGCCCUACGAAGUUCUGGCUCAGGCUGAAGGACAACAAACACCGCGAUCCGUACAUCCGAGACUUCGUCCGCGGACAGACGAAGCACUUCUACACGCUGAACGUGGGAGCCUACUGCGUAGCGGACACCGGCAGGAACUUCGACCUCGCCAGGGCCUUCGUGCUAGACGUCCAGAAGGACGGCUUCGGCAUGCCCAUAUCCGCCGAGGUCUGCUGUGUGGACUGCGGGCUAUCCCUAGUGCUGGGCAUGACCAAGCUGUUUCCCCUGUCUGAAAUUGACGCCAAGAUUCCGUGCCUAACUGUUCCCUGUUCCCUUCGCCGCCUGACGUCGCCCAGCAGCACGCGUCUUCGAGACAUGGUGGACUGGUGCGUCACACCAGGUGCAGAGCUGGAGGCAGUCUUUUAUGGAACUUCUGAGGCGGGCAUGUAUCAGGUAGACAUGUUUGUAAUGACUGGAGAGAACGGCCAAGAGAGGAUGAACGUCGCCAAAGACAUCGAUAGGGGGAUUGCUACGAGGAUAUGGUACCCUCACCCGCCGCAGAGAGGGAAAAUCACCGCCUCCUUAUCAAAGGCACUUCACCACUGAAAUUUGUGCAGUCGGUCUGUUGUGGGCCAUGCUAAGAUGCAUCAUGUCUAACUGCCUUUUUGCAAAUACCAACUCUUUAUGUGUAGCUAUUUAGCAUACUGAGUGUCUAUGGCAUACGGUGGCAUAGCCAGGGUGAGAGCUUAUAGGGCUUCAGACACCCUCCCCCACACACACACACACCCUAAGUCAUAUACGUCCUAACACCUUUAGCUCCGCCCCGCCCCAAAAUAAAAAAAAUAAUAAUAAUCCUGGCUACGCCAUUCAUGGCAUAGGCUAUACGUGCCUUGCAUGUGAUGUCAUUGGGACCGUACCAGAGCCGCCUUUGCUCCUCCAUAUCAUGCUCCUGUGUCCAUACCUUCCGCAGCUUACAUUUCAUACCAUCGAAUUUUUUCUCAUCAAACCUUGCCGAGAAGAACAGAAUGGAGGGUGCCAAGCGCAUGCUGCAGAAGGUACGGGCACAGGAGCAUGGUACGGAACAAUGGCAGCUGAUGUGACGUCAACGCAAGCCAC